AUGAGUCGUGGAGCUGAGAAAUAUGAAGAUUCAGUUAACUGCUGCGAGUCAGGUGCUAACAAGAGUAUUUUGGAACAUGAUGCACCUGAAAUUAAUUUGGCUUGCUCGAAGCAUUUCUCAAUUUGCAGCUUUCUGGAUGAUGGGCUUUCCUUUAAGAAGAGUACCCAGAUGGCUUCGGUUCGCUUAGAUCAAGAUGGAGAUUGCAUUGAUAAACUUUUGGUUGAGCAUUUAUUCCCCUCGGACUCUUCUGAUGUAAGUGAUGACUUUGGAGAGCCAGAUAUCCUUCCUCGAAUUGGAGAUGAGUAUCAACUUGAAAUUCCACCAUCCAUCGAAAAGUCCCUCUAUAUUUCGUUCACAAAUAAUUCAACAGAUGCACAAAAUGGAGUUCAUUCUCACCACCACUUCUUUAUUGGAUUGCCCAUGCCGUUAAUGUGGAUCAAUACCAGAGGUGUGUGGAUAAAGCAAGAAGCAUGGGAAGAACCAAAAAUUGCUUCAGAUUUCAGAUCUUCACAAGCUAAUAAUAUCAAGAAAAAAGAGUAUUCCUAUAAUGAAAAUUUUGGGAUUAAAACUGAGCCUUCGCAUUAUUCAGUAGACAGUAGGAGGGAAAUAAGAAAAUCAGAAAAUUUACCAUUGGAAGACAACUUACACCAGUCCAGCAAUCAAGGAUAUUUUUUGGUUCCUGGAUUAUGUAGCGAGCAUUGGACUGACAUUGAAGAGGAUAGCUUCCUUCUUGGUUUGUACAUCUUCGAGAAGAACUUUGUUCAGCUCAGGCAAUUCAUUGAAAAUAAAGAGAUGCGUGCUAUACUGUCAUUUUAUUAUGGGAAAUUUUAUGGUACAGAUAAAUAUCAUAGAUGGUCCGAAGGCCGAAAGAUGAGAAGCAAGAAGUGUGUAUAUGGGCACAAGAUCUUUUCUGGUUUGAGGCAGCCGGAAUUACUGUCUCGUAUACUUCCUAGCAUGUCAGAAGAAUGUCAAAAUGCUCUAGAGGAGGUCUCAAAGUCAUUUGGGGAGGGGAAAAUGUCACUACAAGACUAUAUAUCCUCUUUGAAGACCAUGGUUGGGAUGAAAGUUCUUGUAGAAGCAAUUGCAAUUGGUAAGGGAAAGCAAGAUCUCACGAGAAUGGCCUUGGAAACUUCGAGGUCCAACCAAGUUGUCCCUAUUCGUCCAGAGAUACCAACUGGAAAAGCAUGGUCAUCCCUUUCAACCAGUGAAAUUAUCAAGUUUCUAACUGGAGAUUACCGAUUGAGUAAAGCUCGCUCAAAUGAUCUGUUCUGGGAAGCUGUUUGGCCUCGUUUGCUGGCAAGAGGUUGGCAUUCGGAGAAACCUAAGAAUCAGGGUUAUAUUGCUGGUUCAAAUCAUGGUUUGGUUUUUUUAUUUCCUGGUGUCAAAAAGUUCUCGAGAAGGAAACUGGUGAAAGGCGACCACUAUUUUGAUUCUGUGAGUGAUGUCUUGAGCAAAGUUGCCAAAGAACCUGAACUGCUUGAGCUUGAAGCAGAAGAUGAUGGUAACAAGAACAAAGAACAAGAUGAUCAUGAUCUGCCUAUGAGGCAACGCCAUUGUUAUCUUCAACCUCGAACUCCGAAUCGCAAUAGUGACAUAAUGAAAUUUAUGGUUGUAGAUACUAGUCUCACUGAUGGGAAACCUUAUAAAUUGAGAGAAUUGAGAAGCCUGCCAUUUGAAAUUUCGAACAUGUUGACCUCGCGAAAUCAUUCUGAAGUUAGUGAUGAGGAGAGUACUGAUGAGACCACUGAUGAAUCUGAUACUGUCAAUACCAUGCAUGUUGAUUCAGGAGUGACAGAUAAUGCAAGUCUCCAUACAACUACCUCCAAUGAGAAAAUGCUUCCUGGUAGGAAAGACCAUGAUGUUAAUGCCCCAUACCAAGAUAUUCAUACCAUUGGUCCUAAUGUUGAUAAUAUUUUGUUGAGUAGCUUGAAGAAUAAAAAAGAUUUACACGAGGACAAGCAAUCGAGGAAGUUCAUAAACUCCCGCUCGAGCCGGAAGCAGAAACAAGAUAUGGACAGUAUUGCUCCCAUCAGAAAACUGCAUCAGGGGCUAUCUGCUUGUAGUUGUGAUGAAACAAGCAACGGUGGGGUUCAUUCCUUGAGGGUUCCCAGAUCGGAAAAUAAGAUUUCUAGUUGCUGCUCAGGCGUUCAUGAAUUUUCUGAGUAUAAAUCUACUGAAGUUGGUUCUUCUCAAGAUAAGUUGUCAUCCACCAGUUCCCCAAAAGGUAGUCCCAUUGGUAGCGUUGAGUGUACUCCUAAUGCCAAUAUUGAUGCUGCAGAAGCCCCACUAGAGAAUCCUCAAUCUCAGACAUUGAUUGACCUUAAUUUUCCUCAAGUUCCCAUGGACAUGGAGAAUGGUUUCUUAGCAACAGAAUCACAAAAUCCCUCUGCUAUUGAGGCUAGUUACGACCAGCAGCCUAGCAUGAAUAUGCCGAGGCAUAGCACUAGGAACCGGCCUCCAACAACCCGAGCACUUGAAGCUCUGGCUAAUGGUCUUUUAACCAUAAAAAGAAGGCGGAAAAGUAAAAAUACCAGUAGUUUAGAGAACAGGACAUCUGACCUUUGA